AUGCAAAAAGAAAAUAUGGCAACUGUUAAGCUGGUCAAGCAGUGGUGGUUGGGAUUCAGUCCAACAGUACCAAUCCUCAACUCAGCCCCCAGUCCAACAGUACCAAUCCUCAACUCAGCCCCCAGUUCAACAGUACCAAUCCUCAACUCAGCCCCCAGUUCAACAGUACCAAUCCUCAACUCAGCCCCCAGUUCAACAGUACCAAUCCUCAACUCAGCCCCCAGUUCAACAGUACCAACCCUCAACUCAGUCCCCAGUUCAACAGUACCAGUCCUCAAAUCAACCCCCUAUCGAGAGGUCAUCCGUCUCCACAAAUCACAAAGUCACAACAGCCUGCAUAUAGACCCACUCAUCAGUCUACCAACCCCCAUCAUCUUCCAUAUAGGCCCACUCAUCAGUCUACCAGCCCCCAUCAGCCCACUCAACAGGCCAACUGGUGGCAACAUCGGUACUACCCAGCUCAAGCCUCUGACAGAAGAUACCAAUCCACAGCAGCCUGGCCUUCUUAUUACCAGCACAGCUCAUAGCUUCAGCACAUUAGAUGCUUCAGAUAUAAGCAAGUUGGACAAGUUGAAAUCUGUCAUUAGCACAACAGAUUCUUCACAUAUGGGUGACACACACAACUUGAAGCCUGAUAUCAACACAACUAAUGCUCAAACUAUGGGUGAUAAAGACAAAUUGAAAGCAGAUAUCAAUAUUUACUCUUCAUCAGUUAUGCCCUCUGUUGAAAUGGACAGUAUGAUGAAUACUGCUGGCAAAAUUCCCUCAAACUGGCCAUUCACAAUGAAGCCGGUUCAGGUCAUUUUAAAAACUCAAACGUAUGCAGAUAUCUCGUCACCAAAGCCCUCACUUCAUAAUGACACAAAGGAAUCAUCUGAUCAUAUGACUGAAAACACGAGAAAACUUUUUGUGGAGAAGAACGUGAAUGAAUCAUCAGAUCUUGUGAGUGUAAACAUUUCCCUUGGUAGUUCACCGGUCUGCUGCGAAGACAAUCUCCAAAAACAUGCUCCCAAUGAAGGAUUUCAUAUUGUAACUGAAAAAGUUACAACUUCUGAAUUACCUUUAUCACUUCCUGAAGACAAUGGAACUAAUAGUGCUGAUAAUUCACCACAGUACAAUCAGGAAAUGUUCUUAUCUCAUGAAAAUACUACAAAAACUCUCUACCCAUCUGAAAAGAUUGACACUCUGUUACCUUCAAGUGAUACAGAAACAGAUUUUUUAUCUACUGGGAAAGAUAAUGCAACAUCUCCAGAUUCAUCUUUUGUACUACAUGGUGAAGGUAACAUUCCUCUAUUAACCAAAGUAUCUCACACCAAUUCAUCACCUAAGAUCAAUAAAUCAGUAACUCUACAAUUUAGAGAGAGUGAUACAGUGCUUCCUACACAUAAUGAUACUUUAUCACCUGAGAAUGAUACGACAUCCAUUCCACUUUUACAAGGGAAUGAUCCUCCACAACCAAGUGAUAAUACUGCCCCAUUACCUGUGGAAGAAACUGCACCGACUUCACUCGUACAGAAUAAGAAUGAACCUCUCCAACCAAGUGAGACAGUUAAUGUGUCAACUAAACAUGUAAAAUUGGUCAAAGUUAUUUCAAGGUCACAAAUAGAAAUGGACCACAACAAAUCUCAAUCUUCUCAUCGAGUACCUGUAAAAAUUUCUUCUCCACAUCAGUGGGAAGAAGGUAGGAAAGGAAUACCAAUGCAAAUAACUAACCAACCCUAUAGAGUUAAUGGUCAUCCUAAUCAUCCACUGCAGGACCGCAUCAAACCUCAAAGAUUGCUUGUGCCAUGGCCUACACCUCCUCGACGCUCCUUCCGACCAGGAUAUAUUAAGAAUCAGCAUCUAAAUGUUCCACCUCCUCCAAAAAUGCUGUCCACACAUAAUAACAGUUCUGAAGGUAUCCUUCCUCAGUUCAACCCAACAAGUGGCUUGCAAUUCAAAUUGUCUAAGCUUAAAGAAACAAAAUCUGAACCCAACAUAAAAGAUGUUUUACCCCAGUUUAGCCCAACCAGUGGCAAGGUAUUCACUUUAACACAGUCUGCUAAUGAUUCAAGCAAAAUAAACAAUGAUAUUAGUGAAGCUGCUACACCGAAUUCACAACCUGACUCUGUUCAUAUGGUUAAUGGUCCCUCUCUGGGUAAUCAUUUGCAUAAUAAAACAAAAAACCCUGAGGUCACUACAAAAGCAAUUAUGAUCCACAACAAAGAGUCUGUAAGGCUGCCGCUAGGAUAUGAUGAAAAUGAAUUCAAUUCUUCUUUAAGUCACAAAGCAAAUGACUACAUGAUAAGGUCUGAUGACACAGAUGAUUACCAGGUGUCAUUUGGCACUAAAGAGCAAGUAACCACUUCAGUGAGCCAUAGGAAUAACUUUAAUAAUGUCACUAAUUCUACAUCAGAUACUGAUGCAACAGCUUCACCUAAUAUAUAUAAUGAACCUUUAACACCACCAACUGGAUUAACAUCAACUCAAAGUGCGACAUAUAAACCUGCUGAGGUAGCAGAUGAAAUCACAAAGACUUCUGCUUCUAUUACCAUUGAAGAUAAUCCUACAGUGAUAAUUAAUGGGAAUUUCUCCUUUACUAACACAAAACCAAUAGUAAAGUCUGUAAGACAAAGGGAAGAGAAUCAGUCAGUUGUUUUAGAAAAAAAAGAUGAUAAUUAUGAUAGCCAGAUUCUUCCUCUAAGAGAAAUAGAGCCAUCGAAGGUAGUGAGCUUCGACAGCACAAUUAUUGAGGAAGAGAUAGAGCCUGAUAACCUAUCAAAAAUUCAAACAGAUUCUCAAAAUUUUGAAGAGUUGAAAGAAAACACAAGUGUCCACUCUUUAGUGGCAUUGUUCCAGAACACUGUACCCUCAAAAAUAAGAGCCUCUUCUAAUGAAAGAAACGACAGUGUUCUAAAGAUCACCUCUAUACAAGAUUCCCUACAAGUACCAAUAAUGACUCAAAGUACUCCUCCAAGCCAACUAACAAAGGAAUUCCAUCAGGAUCAACAAACAGCAUUCAAAAGGUAUUUCUUUGUCAUCAAGACCACAGGAAUAUUCUCAAUCUGCAAGACCACAAAGUGUGUUACAACUAUCUACACCUAA